UCCGCAGUUUACCCUAGACGUUUGUUUGCUGUGCCGGGCGUCUGGUGUAUAUUGAUAUUUAUGGUCAUGCCAAAGUGACGUCACAGCCUCGUUUCCGUACGGUUUUCUCCAAUAUAGGAGGACAUGCAUAAAUGUGCCCUCAACUGCAUCUGUAUUUAUGGGGGUUUGGAAGCAGGACCAUUUGGAUAGUUCAUUAGAUGAUUAAUCAUCACUGUUUGGUUUAAGAUAAGAGUGACACUGCAAUGUUUGGACACGGGUCAACAAUACAUGGACUGAGUAGAAGUUUCCUGAUUUGAAACCUUUCAGUACACUUCCCAGAAACAGAUGUUACUCACCAGGCCUUGAGGCAGCUUCAUAUAGUCAGUAGCAAACAAUGGAUACAGUAUCAAGCCAGGUUCUCAGAGCAAUAUGUUUUGCGUUCAUUUGCCAAGGCCUGUCCACAAUGGUGUCAGGAGAGUGUCCCGCCGACGCUGAGAACAGAAUACAAAUGUGCACCAAGCAUCUCAAUCAGUUUGGUAACAACAACAACAACAAUAACAAAGAGGCCCUCACCAAAUAUUGCAGAACCCUGAAGGAAGCCCCGGCAUGUCUGCAGCAGAUCCUCCACCAAUGUCAAGGAGACACAGGCCUCGGUUCAAUAGAAGUCCUGAAGAAUGUGACCAAUCAACUGAAGGCUGCAUUUGACAAGAAGUGCGAACAAAUUUGUGGUCAGUGCUUCUAUGACAUUCCAACACCUGACGCAAAGGCGAUCAGCUCGUCAUCGAUGGUUUGGCACCAUUUAACAUUGAUCCUCGGUGGCGUCCUCUCGACUAGGAUGUUGGCAUCGUGAUAUGUACACUCUACUUCUUGAUUCUCCUUGGCAGAGACAAUGGAUACACACUGUGUUUUCAAGAACCUGAAUAUCAGCUUUUGUGAUGAUGCAAAUCUCCAUGAGGUGCCUUUAUCUAUCCACUUAACAGAUUCGGGCGCACGUCAACAUAUAUGCAGAAUAAUCAGCACGCAUCGUACAUAACAGUAUGGAAACGUGGACAUGCUUCAUUCUUGAACAGGGUGUCGGUGACGGAUAGAGUCCGCCUUGGAUCUGUAUCCCCCUAUGCAGACAAGGGGCUAUCUUUCAUCCGCUUCAAUGAAUCAUACAGACACUUUAUUUCAGUGACCAUUAAUAACCUUAUACCAUUUUGUUCCUUGUUUUAAAUGGGUAUAUUUACAUGCAUGACGGACAUGAUUAUGUAAGGCCAAAUUAUCGCGCCAUGUUAGUUAUCUCAAUGAUAACGUUAGAUUGAACUGAUUUGAAUGCAUUAGACCACAGGACCAUGUAACAAUAAAAAUAUAAAAAAGUCGCAAAAAAAAUCCCGGCCUUUGGUCUCGUCUAUGAUUAUUUUUUUGCGACUUUUUUUAUUGUUACAUGGUCCUUUGAUUAGACUGUCACUUCAGCUGUACCUCUGAAUUGUAUUGAAGCAUUAAUAUUACCAUAUACAUGUUAUGAAUUGCCUAUAUUUGUCUAUGUUUCACGUAACCAAUGCAUUUGGCAGCCGUUUACAUAUUGUAUUGAAACUGAACAGGUUUCAAAUACUGUUUGAAACCUCAGUACAGAAUGUGGACCGUCACUGAUGCACAUAACAUGACACAAGUUGAUUAUACGCCGGUAAUUAGUGUAUUGUAAUAGCUGUGUGUCAUGAUAAGAGUGAAAGAUCUGUCAGCUUUAAGCUUGGAAUGUCAAAUACGUGUUUGUGUAUGUUACAGUCGUUUCCGUCCUUUUUCGUUCGAUCUGAUAGAUCUCUGUGAGAUGGCGGGGUAGUUGGUCUAUGUCAAAAUUUAUGGAAAGGUUUUAGUGAAGCGUUUUCUAAUAUUUGAACAUGUGCAAGUUUUUGUCCUCUGGUUCUCUUAAGAGAUGUAUAUAGAUAUAUUAUAGCUAAAAUGGAUAGAAUUAUCAUUAAACCGCCCGCAUGUUAUCAGAAAUGUGCGGGCCACUGUAACAUGAUAAUGCCCUCAUAUUGCUUGACGACGGGCCAUUAUCACGCCCGUUGUUAAGUGACGUCAUAGGAUAGGGAACGGUGACGUCACGUUCAAUAGUGACGUCAUCUGGUUUGUUCCCUGGCGUUUCCAUAUUUGUAAAAGUGGGUCGGUCAUUCGUGUUGAUUACAGUAAAUGUUUCCAAACCAAUAUUAUUGUUUCUUUUUAUCUUAUAGCAAAUUCCACUCAUGUUAGCUAUAAUAACGGUAACGCUAUUUUCACGGCAUUAUCAUUUGCAGAAGCCCUCGGUCUUUUUCAACCGCCCUCCUUCGUCGGGCAGUUAAUGGAAGACCUCGGGCUUCUGCAUAUGAUAAUGCCCCGAAAAAAAGCGUUACCCUUAUAAUAUCACCUGUGAAACGAUCAUCGUGGGUCAAGGGUCGACUUUCCCACAGUUCUUAAAAUUCGAUAAAUGGACUUUAUCACUCAUUCUUGACUAAAUUAUGCAUUAGAUGGAGUUCAAACCUUCCCAACGUUACAGAACAAACAUCUAUUUGGCAGCCUUUUGAACAUGUCUGAUAAUUUUCAUACGAAUAUUUGGAAGGUUUCCAUAUAUUAACAACUGCAACGUUUCCAGUGUCCUUCCUCGUCCUUCAGGUUCAUAUCAUCGGUUACAACUUAAUUUGACACUUCACAUGGAGUCUUUUUAAUUCAUCUAAGUUUACAUUUUAUUCAUAUGUUACACAUGUGUAACAAGGUACAAUGUGUAACAUAUCAGUAUACAUGUGUGACACAUAUGUAACAAGGUGCAAUGUGUAACAUAUCAGUAUACAUGUGUGACACAUAUGUAACAAGGUGCAAUGUGUAACAUAUCAGUAUACAUGUGUGACACAUAUGUAACAAGGUACAAUGUGUAACAUAUCAGUAUACAUGUGUGACACAAAUGUAACAAGGUGCAAUGUGUAACAUAUCAGUAUACAUGUGUGACACAAAUGUAACAAGGUGCAAUGUGUAACAUAUCAGUAUACAUGUGUGACACAAAUGUAACAAGGUACAAUGUGUAACAUAUCAGUAUACAUGUGUGACACAAAUGUAACAAGGUGCAAUGUGUAACAUAUCAGUAUACAUGUGUGACACAAAUGUAACAAGGUACAAUGUGUAACAUAUCAGUAUACAUGUGUGACACAAAUGUAACAAGGUGAAAUGUGUAACAUAUCAGUAUACAUGUGUGACACAAAUGUAACAAGGUACAAUGUGUAACAUAUCAGUAUACAUGUGUGACACAUAUGUAACAAGGUGCAAUGUGUAACAUAUCAGUAUACAUGUGUGACACAAAUGUAACAAGGUACGAUGUGUAACAUAUCAGUAUACAUGUGUGACACAAAUGUAACAAGGUACAAUGUGUAACAUAUCAGUAUACAUGUGUGACACAUAUGUAACAAGGUGCAAUGUGUAACAUAUCAGUAUACAUGUGUGACACAAAUGUAACAAGGUGCAAUGUGUAACAUAUCAGUAUACAUGUGUGACACAUAUGUAACAAGGUGCAAUGUGUAACAUAUCAGUAUACAUGUGUGACACAAAUGUAACAAGGUACAAUGUGUAACAUAGCAGUAUACAUGUGUGACACAAAUGUAACAAGGUACAAUGUGUAACAUAUCAGUAUACAUGUGUGACACAAAUGUAACAAGGUGCAAUGUGUAACAUAUCAGUAUACAUGUGUGACACAUAUGUAACAAGGUACAAUGUGUAACAUAUCAGUAUACAUGUGUGACACAAAUGUAACAAGGUGCAAUGUGUUACAUAUCAGUAUACAUGUGUGACACAAAUGUAACAAGGUGCAAUGUGUUACAUAUCAGUAUACA